AUGCCUGAACUUGCACGAACUCUACCUGCAUCGUGGUACUGCAGCCAGCCAUUAUAUCAACUUGAGAGAAAGGCAGUUUUUCUCAAGUCCUGGUAUCUUCUCGGUCCAGUGACCCGAUUUCUCGUCGUGAACGAAAGGGUCAGCUAUGAAAUCGCCCAAAAAGACAUCCAUGUAUAUAGAAUAUCCAAGACCUCGGAAUUCCCGGGUCCCGGGGAUUUGAGAGUGGUUAAUGCUGAUAAUGACACCGAAUUACCCAGUUAUGUCACGCCUACUGGACUUCUCUUUGCAGCUCUCUCUCAAUCCGCACCAUCAUUUCAUGAAUUCUUUCCAAAUCUUGAACCUCUUUUGUCCACAGUUGACUUCACGCGACGCCCCUACCGACGCAGUAUCAAAUACGAGGGCAACUUUAAUUGGAAGACCAUGGUUGAUGGCUAUCAAGAAUGUCUACACUGCCAAUACACUCAUCCGUCCUUCAGCAUCUAUUAUCCUCCAACAUUCUACACGGUCUAUAACCAUGAGAACUUCUCUCAACAUAUAGCAGAUCCCAAGAAACCCAAUGACGGGCUAUUCCUGUAUUUCUUCCCCAAUUGUACACUGAAUGUGUACGGAGGCGGUAUGAGCUCGUUCAGAGUUUGUCCAACAGAGACCCCAGGAGUAACUAGAAUGGAGUUCGAUUACUAUCAUAUAUCUGACGGAGACAAGUUUGAAGAUUACUUUCGAUUUGUACGACAGGUCGCGAUCGAAGACUUUGAGUUAUGUGAAAAGGCGCAGGCGAACUUAGAGAGAGGUGUAUAUGGGGAGGGAAUAUUGAAUCCAGAGAAGGAAUCAGGUGUUGCUUAUUAUCAGGAAAGAGUGUUUGACCUGGUAUCUGAGCAGUACGAGGAAGACAAGAAAAUUGAGAUACUAGAUCACGAUAGGAAAACAACUGAAUCGAGUGUUGGAUUGGUGGUGGAGACCUCAGCAUAA